GGUGCCCCGCUACGUCCCUGCCCGGCUGUGAGAGAGGGAGCCCGGGCGGCUCGGGGGCUCCGUGCUGCGCCCCGCUGCCGUGGCGGCCCCCCCUAUGGUGCGCGCCGAGGAUGGCGGAGAGACGGCGCAGUGAGGAAGACGAUGACUUUCAAUAUAUGGAUCAUGACUAUGAAGUACCACAGCAAAAAGGUUUGAAGAAGAUAUGUAGCAAGGUGAAAUGGACCCGUGAAGAGGAUGAAAGGCUAAAGAAGCUGGUGGAACAAAAUGGUACAGAUGAUUGGGCUUUCAUUGCUAGUCAUCUACAAAAUCGUUCAGAUUUUCAGUGCCAGCAUCGGUGGCAGAAGGUACUAAACCCAGAAUUGAUUAAAGGUCCCUGGACUAAAGAAGAAGAUCAGAGGGUUAUUGAAUUAGUUCAGAAGUAUGGUCCAAAGCGCUGGUCUCUAAUUGCAAAACACCUGAAAGGAAGAAUAGGCAAGCAAUGCAGAGAAAGAUGGCAUAACCAUCUCAAUCCUGAGGUAAAAAAGUCUUCAUGGACAGAAGAAGAGGACAGAAUAAUCUAUGAAGCUCACAAGCGUUUGGGAAACCGAUGGGCUGAAAUAGCAAAACUGCUUCCUGGAAGGACUGAUAAUUCGAUUAAAAAUCACUGGAAUUCAACAAUGCGAAGAAAGGUGGAACAGGAAGGAUAUUUGCAAAGUGUUAUAAAGUCUGAAAGCGCUAGUUCUGCUGAACUUCAGCCCCAGCCUUGUCUGACUAUGGAACACUUGCACACUCAGAAUCAAUUUUAUGUGCCUGUUCAGACACAUAUUCCAGCAUAUCAGUAUGCCUCACCAGAAGGCAGCUGUCUAGAACAUGCUCCAUCUUCUUCCAACAUAGUUCAGCAGCCAUUUAUUGAUGAUGAUCCUGAUAAAGAAAAGAAAAUAAAGGAACUUGAAUUGCUACUUAUGUCAGCAGAGAAUGAAAUCAGAAGAAAACAAAUGUCUUCUCAAGCUGGAAGCUUGUCUUGUUGGUCUGGAAAUUUUAUCAUGGAGGAUUGUAUGCCUAAUACACUAAGUAGCCUUGAGGAACAAACAAGUAAUUUCUACAGCAUGGAUGAGACCCGCAUCACACCUGUUCAGCAGAAUUCACCACCUAAGUACUUGGGUGUAGAAGCAAAUAGAAUGUUAACACCUCUACAGACCAUUCCAGAAUUUGCAGAGGCACUAGAUCUUAUGGAAAUUGAUCCGGUGGCAUGGAGCGAUACGUGCUUUGAGCUCUCCGAGGCCGUGGUGUCCCCUGUCAAGCCGGCCCCAGUGAAACUGAUGCGGCUCCAGCACAGCGACGGGGCCGCCGAGUGCCAGUACAACGUGGGCGUGAUGCUCGAUGGCAAAAACCACAGCAACAUCAGCGGGGACGAGGAAACAGUUUUUUCAUCAACCUCAAACUUAAGCAAGUUCAGCAAUCCACCUGCUAUCCUGAGAAAGAAGAAGAGAUUGCGUGCUGGGCAGUCGCCGGUUCCUGAGCUGAACGACGGCUUGUGUAACGAUGCCGUCAAUGUGGCACUGAAGCGCACGCCAGUGAAAACACUACCGUUCUCUCCAUCACAGUUUUUCAACACUUGUUCUGGAAAUGAACAAUUUAACUUUGAAAAUCCUGCAUUUACAUCAACUCCAAUCUGUGGGCAGAAAGUUCUUAUUACGACUCCUUUACACAAGGAAAUGACACCACAAGAUCAAAAGGAAAAUGUGGGUUUUAGAAGUCCCACAAUGAGAAGAUCUCUUUUGGGUUCAACACCAAGGACACCAACUCCUUUUAAGAAUGCUUUGGCUGCUCAGGAAAAAAAGUAUGGUCCCCUCAGACUUAUGUCACAACCACUUGCCUUCUCGGAGGAAGACAUUAGGGAAGUUUUGAAAGAGGAAACUGGAACAGAUAUAUUUCCCAAGGAGGAAGACGACGCUUUGUAUAAAAACUGCAAGCAGGAGCACAACUUUUCUAAAAAAGUCAGAAAAUCACUGGUCCUAGAUCCACAGGAUAAAGAAGAAGUUGGGGCCCAGCAUUUGACAGAAGAUAAUAGUUUAGAUGUACAGUCAAAAAAUGCAUACACCACAUCUUUAUUAAUGACACCAUUGUUGGAAAUACAGGACAACAGAUGUAACCUGACAUCAGAAAAACAGGAUACAAAUCCAGCAAACAAAGCAAAUGCAGUAAUUAAGAAGAAACUGAAUACAUGUGCUACAAAAAAUGUCAAAAUGGAGAAAACUCUUCAGCCAAGUCGUGACUGGGAGGCAGUUGUUUAUGGAAAAACAGAAGACCAGCUUAUCAUGACUGAACAAGCAAGAAGGUAUCUGAGCACAUACACAGCUACCAACAGCAAUUCAAGGUCUCUGAUACUGUGAUGGUCACUGCAGCUGACAACCAUCUCUUUCCAUUGAUACUGAAACAAUGUUGAAGGCCAUUCCCGUGCCAUACUUGGGAAUUGAGUCUUUGGGAGAGUCUGCCAAGGGAAACCUUAAAGCUACCUUAAAGCUUCCUUUCUUCUUCUGACUGACAAAGAACAGACACGAAGCUCUUGCAUUCUUUACGAAGGGAUACCGCAAACAGUUCUGCAAUGAAUUUUUUAGAUAUUAAAAGAGUAACCCCCUAAAAUAUAAAGAAGGGUAAAAUACAUUGCAGUACUGACAACAUACAGUUUUUAGGUCUAUUUUUCAUAUUUAUUCUUUUGACUUGCAUCGCUUUUUUAUCUGUUAGAGCAUUUUCAAUAUAGAGUAGGUUUAUAGGUUGUUACUGGUUUCCAAACGAGCAACAUACAUGACUGAAUGUGCUUUUGCUUAUGUAGCAUUUUCUAGUAUAUAAAGAAACACAAUGGAAAGGAGUACAAAGGAAGGAUAGAAAGUUGCACUACUAAUUUUUUUUGGUAUGCUGCAAAACAAUGAAAUUAACUACAGUGUUAAAUAUAUUUAUUUGCAAAUGGUACUAGAAGUAGGCAGAGGGGGGUGAAUUAAGUUAGGUGUAAAGCAUCAGUAUUUUCUUCAUAAAUCUCAAAAUGAGAUGAUUGUUGAAUGUAUUGUACAGUAUGUAGGAAGCAAAAUUUUGUAAAUUGGAAAGGAGUCUGUUUUUAUAAUUUAUUUCCAUUUCAAAGCUUAAAUGUAGAUAUUUAUAUGUAUGCAGGUUGUCUAGAGGCCAAUGUUGUUUCCUGUUAAAACAGCUAAGAUGGAAAAAGGACAAGUUUAAAAUAUAUGAAAUGGCAGAAGAAUUACAGUGGUGAAGUGUAAAAAUCUAUACUGUAUGUUACAUCUACAUAAAGAUUGCACUAUAGCCCUAAAAUCAUGUUGGUUGACAACAUAAUUGCAAGGUAUUCCUAUAUUAUACAGCAACUGUUCCUGUACCUUGUUUAAAUAUAUUUAGAAAGAAAUGGUGGGGUCUUAUAUGUGACCGAGGAGUACUUUGUCCUGCAUAGGAACUAAAAACUAAUGCAUUUACAAUAUGUAUAUUUUAUUCCUUUUUUUUUUUUUUUUUUAA